AUGGGUUGUUGUGUCAGCACAAAGAAAUCUCCGACGACUCCUGAAUUCCAACGGCAUUCGUCAAAAUCAAGCAGAGCUCCGCCGCCGGUGGACGAAGAGACGGUGAAAGAAGUGCUUUCUGAAACUCCCAACGCCAACCAUUUCUCAAAAAUCGAAGAUGAACCCACAAAGUAUGUACCAAGAAAGAUCCAACAUCAACAGAAUAACAAUCUUCAAGAUAUGAAUGUCUCCGAGAUCUGCAGUACGAUGAGCGAAAGUAACUCGACCACGACAUUUGAAGAGGACGUCGAGGUUCUUCGCCGGAGAGUUACUGACAGAUCGCCGGCAAAGUUAAGGAACCCGCAGCAGAUUUCCGGGGAGCUUCGGGUGGUAAGAAAUUCUCCGGUGAGAGGCAAACAACAGUCUCCUGGCCGUGUUAGAUCCGUAUCCGAAAUCAACAACCGUGGUUCUGGGUAUUAUUCCACCGGUCGGCAGAGGCCAGUGCCGGCGUCUCGAUCUAGAUCUCCGGCGAAUCGUGUGGUUGGCAGAGGAGGAGGUGGUGGUGCCAGAAAUGGGAUAGGAAGGAGCCCGUCGGCGAGGAAGACGGAAAGCUCACCGUCUCGAUCCGGGUCGGGUUUACCUGAAAGAGUCCUGAAACCUGAUGUGAGUUCGGGUAUAGAUACAGAGAGAGAAGAGAGCAGCUGGGCUCCGACAGAUGGAAACGACGACGAAUCAAUUGAUAACCCGCUUGUGUCCUUGGAAUGUUUUAUUUUUCUGUAGAAAUUGUAAUUUUGACCAAUCUUGAUAGAUUAUAUAGUAAUUUGCAUGGUAAAAUGAACAAUUACCAAAUAAGUCU